AUGAAUAGAUUAUCCUAAUUGAGUGGACAAUAUGAUGAAGAGUAAAAAUUACAAUAGUCAAUAAUUGAAUUGGAUAAGUAAUCACCCAUAAUUAUCUCAUUAAAUAGUUGGUUCAAGAGUCCACGUUUCAAUAAUGUUUUGCGUCCAUACACAGCUAAAUAGGUAGCUGAAGUAAGAGGAUCAAUUGUACCUAAUCAAUACUCUGAUUUUAUGGCAAGGAAAUUCUAUAAUCUUAUGAUGGAUUUAAAAAAAAGCAAAGGGUAUUUAAUAAUAAUCAUAAUAGAUUCUCUCUUGCUUGUGGAGCAUUAGAUACUGUUUAGGUUAUCAACAUGUCUAAAUAUAUGACAUCAAUAUAUGUAUCAGGUUGGCAAUGUUCUUCAUCAGCUUCUACAACAAAUGAUCCAGGUCCUGAUUUUGCUGAUUAUCCAUAUGACACUGUGCCUAAGAAAUGUGAUUAGUUAGUCAAAGUAAUCAUAACAUUGAUGGUAGAUGCAAAGAUUUCAAGACAGAAGGUAGUAAUAUGAAAGAAGUUUAAUUACUGCUGAAUAACGAAAAUAAAAAAAACCUUAUGAUUAUCUAGUUCCUGUAAUUUGUGAUGCAGAUGCUGGAUUUGGUGGUACAAGUAGUGUAAUGAAAUUGACUAAAUUAUUUAUUGAAUCUGGAGCUGCAGGAAUACAUUUGGAAGAUUAAAGACCUGAUUUGAAAAAAUGUGGUCAUAUGGCUGGAAGGGUAGUGACAUCAACUAAUACUCAUGUCUAAAAACUUAUAGCUUCUAGACUUCAAGCAGAUAUGAUGGGAAAUGAAUUAUUUAUUAUUGCAAGAACUGAUGCAUUAGGUGCACGAUUUAUAGAAACAAAUGUAGAUUUAAUUGAUUAACCAUACAUUCUUGGUUUAACAAAAUUUCAUAAUAAACCUUGCACUUAUCCAGAAGCAGGAGUUUUUAUUAUAGAACAAAUAAUUGAUAAAGAAAAGAGAAUUUAAGCCACUAAUUAAUGGUUAAAUCAAUGUGAAAUUGGGGGAAUAAAAAAGGCCAAAGAUUUAGCCAAGAGAUUAGGAUUUGAACUUGAUUUUGAUUGGGAAUAAUGUAGAAAUCCUGAUGGGUUCUAUGCUCUUAAAAGUAGUGUUCAUUAUUGUGCAAUAAGAGCUAAAGUACUUAAUAUUUAUUAAUAUAGGAAUAUUUAAAAUAUGCAGAUGCUUUAUGGAUGGAAACUUCAACACCUGAUUUAAAAGUUGCUAAAGAACUCUCUGAUGAAUUAUAAUUUGAACUCUAAAAUAAUAAAGUCCUUUGUUAUAAUUGUUCUCCAAGUUUUAAUUGGAGCAAAUUCGGAUUCUCAGAUAGUGAACUCAAAAACUUUAAUUCCGAAUUAGGCAAAUUAGGAUACACUUGGCAAGUAUAUUUAUUUAUUGAUAUUUAACUAGUUUAUUACAUUAGCAGGAUUUCAUUUGAAUGCUUUACAAAGUGAAAGAUUUUCAAAAGAUUUAUCAGAAAGAUAUAUGUUAGCUUAUGUAGAAGAUAUUUAAAGAAAGGAAGAGAAACAUAAUGUUGAUUAAUUGAGACAUCAAAAGUAAUAUAAAUUAUAUAUAUUUAUUUAGAUGGUCUGGAGCUGAAUUAAUUGAUCAUGUCAUGACUAUUGUUAAUCAAAGUACAUUAAUAUCUUCAGGUGAAGACUCAACUGAACAUUAAUUCGACAAUAAAUGA